AUGUUUAAAAAUGUAUCGGACAAUGGUUUUUUAUCAAUAUUACACAGUUGUGUUAAAAAACCAUUAUUGAUAUGGGAUAAAAAAAUAAGAUCGGGACACAUAAGAAGGAUUAUGGAUAACGAAUUACAAUGUUUAGUUUUAGAAUUAAAGGGUAAAAAAUUAAACAACACGUAUUUAACGUGUCCGGGUAAUUAUAAGAAAACAUUAGGCGUUAAAUUUCCAGUCAUUAUAUUAACAAUUAAAUAUUUGUAUAAAUAUUUUGCUUUCGAUAUACAAAUAUUAGAUGAUAAUAACGUGAGAAGAAAAUUUAAAAUAUCAACCCUAGUAUCUCAACCCGAUGUGAAACCUUUCACGUGUAAACUACCCUUGGUACUCACCGAAGGAUGGAAUCAAAUCGCUUUCUCCCUACAAGAAUAUACUAAAAAAAUAUAUAAUACAAAUUAUUAUGAAACUUUAAGGAUACAAGUUUAUCCGAAUUGUAGAAUACAAAGGAUAUAUUUUACAGAUGAAAUACCCAAUGAAGAUCCCUCUGAAUACAAUAAUAAUAAUAAUAAUAAUAAUAAUAAUAUUAAUAAAAAAAAUAACAUUUUAUUAGAUUCGCAAUAUUUAAUAGGAUCCUUAAAAAAACGUUAA